UAAAAUGUGUGAAUAUCCAAUGACGGUUAUUGAAAAGGAACCACAUGUCCGGUCUGUUGGUCGAGGGGAAGCAAAUCGCUGCUGUACCACUACAGCCACACUGAGGGGAAAUGCUCAUGUAACAUGUCUAGUUUUUCAAGAUCAGCCCAGCAAUGGGCGACCUUUGCAAGAUCCUGGUUCGUCAUAGAUGCCAGACUGCAGCCUCCAGGAAAGAUUGCCACUAUGUGUGCAGUUCGGCUUCAAGGGAAACAUAAACCCAUUUACCAUCCACUGAGUGAUAUUGGAGAUCAUGUGGUGGUCAUGAACACCCGACACAUCGCCUUCUCUGGAAACAAAUGGGAACAGAAAGUGUAUUCGUCUCACACUGGUUAUCCUGGAGGAUUCAAACAACUUACAGCAGCCCAAAUGCACAAAAAAGACCCUACAGCUAUCAUUAAACUGGCUGUGUACGGGAUGCUCCCCAAAAACCUCACCAGAAGGACCAUGAUGCAACGGCUUCACCUCUUCCCAGAUGAUGUACUUCCUGAGGAUAUUCUCAAGAACCUGACAGAAGAACUUCCACAACCCAGAGAGAUCCCACGCAAGCUCAGCGAGUACACACAGGAGGAGCGAGAUGCUUUUCCCAUGCUGUGGACCCCGCCAGAAGACUUCAAGAUGAAAUGAUUGGAUCUGGAUCUUGCAUCUCUGUGUUUCCAGGAGUUGGAAAUUGAUGUUUAAUAUAUAUAUAUAUAUAUAUAUAUAUAUAUAUAUAUAUAUAUCAUUGUCUAUAUAGAAUAAAUUAUGUCUAAAAAUAGUAAAAAUAAACAGUCAAUUUGUCCACAUUGUUAUGUUUUAUAUCCAAGAUGCAAUCAUAAACGCAUUACAUGCCUAAUAGAGAUUAAUUCCUUAAAAACCUGAUAAUGUGUAUUUUUCUAAUCUUAAACCAAGACAUAGUGGCAGGCAAACAGCAGCAGCCCUAUUCAUUUAUCUUUUACCCUAUAAUAAUAGAGUUAAGAUUCUUUGGCCUUUCCCUGUCCCACAAAUGGCUUUAGCAGUGCUCUCUGAAGCCUGAUCCUGCUCUAAUUCAACUGCUACUUUGGCCUUAAUUAACUUCAUAUGGCUCUAUAAGCCCUUUCUAAUGACACUUUGGCCUUUUGAAGUCUGCUUAGCUCUUUAAAACAACACUGUGUUGGGAUGGAAAUAAAAUGCUCUUGUUAGUUACUUGUGUCUUUUGGCUGGCUAUCGUGUUUAAAAUUUUUUGUGGAAGUAAAAUUGAGUUGGUUUGUUUUUAUUAUCCAAGCAGGAACCUCAGUGGAUGUUCCAUUAUCUGAGCUCAUUAACAAACAAAACAAAAAAAGUUUAUUAAAAGAAAAUGUAAUUUUUAAAUCCUUUUUUGGGUGACAUCAAUAAAAAAACAUACAGAGCAACACAAUAAAAGCCAGACGAGACGUCAUGUUGAGUCAUUGUUGCAGUACAGUUUUAUUGGUUACAAAAACAAAUAAAGUAAAAAUAAAUUACUUUGCAGAUUCAAA